AUGACCGAGCUUGAUCCAGUCGAUCUAGAAGGCGACGAGUCGUUCGUCCUGAAUGGACGGAACGAUGCGGUUAUUCAGGAAGAAACACCAGCAUGUCAGUCGUGCCGGAAAAAAAAGUCAAAGUGUUCCCGGAAUCAACCAUGCUCACAAUGCAUCAAGUCAGGCGUGGACUGUGUCUAUGAAGACAGGAGAUUAAAGGGUGGCAUCAAGACGGGGGUAAUUGAACGAUUGAACCAGAGAAUUGAUAUGAUUGAGAACAUGUUCCUUGGCCAGGGCAUUCUACUUCAGCAACUAUUACAGGUCAAGGAUUCCUCCGCAGCUGUAUUACCUCGACCUAUGGACCGAGCAUCGGAUUCUUUCCCAGCCUAUACUGACAAACUGAAACGAAGCUUCUGUUCUCUGGCGAGUAAUGCCGCAACUGGGGAUGGUGUUGAGGAGCAGGGAACAGCCGAGCAGCGACCAAAUCCAGCAGGGACAAAACGAAAGCGAGUAUCGCACGAUAAUUUUGUACCUGCGAGAAAGUCCCAGGGACCUGCUGGAGGAGGCGUGGUUGACAUGUGCGAGCUCAUUCCCCCGUCAAAAGAUCUGGAACUCAUUCUGGACAAGUACUUCAAGUACAUUCACCCCUGGGUGCCGGUGUUGCAUCCCGCAACAUUUCUCAGGCGUGUACGGGACCCUAACAGGCCCACUGGAGUUUCUAUAGUCGUACAGGCUAUUGUUGCCGUUGCAUCGCAUCAUCUGCAUUGCGAUGGAGAAGCGGAGUCGCAAGACCAGAGGCAGGAAAUGAACCAAUAUGCUUCAGAUUGUCGGCAAAAUGUGAUAACGUCAGCGAUCGAGAGCAACUCUAAAGAGUCUAUUCAGGCGCUUCUCUUGGUAGCCUUUGAUUCUAUCAAACGGGGCUUGAGCGUGUCGCCGUGGUCACUUGUCGCAAUAAUAAGUCGCAAAAUUGAUGAUUUAAAACUUUUUUCGGAGGAGCAAGUUCACAACGAAGCCUUUUCUGAUUACUUUUUGAGGCUUCCACCGACCUUGGAGGCGGCCAAUGCUUGGAUCGAAGUAGAAGAGCGGAGAAGAGUGUUUUGGGCAGCCUUCCUUAUGGACCGGUUCUGCAGCAUCACCACAGGCACAAAUUCGAGUAUAUCGAGCAGAAGCAUCCGGCGAAGAUUACCUUGUGACGGGUACAUGUGGGAGCUGGAUCAGUGUGUCGAGACCUCAUUCUUCAAGACACACGAACAGCCUCCAAACGAGACAGAAACCCAGGAACCAGAGUCUCCGUUCCCUCCUGCAUAUUCGAAUUCAGAAGCGCCCAGUGGUAUUGGCGGCUUAGCGUACACGAUAGAGGCAACCGAGUCUCUCUUUCUGGUUACGAAGUUUCACGCCCGACACACCUUUGAACUGGACAAUUCGUCACAGCUGUCAAGCUGGCUCAACAAAUUUCGACAACUGGACUCCAGGCUACUACAGUGGGAGUUGUGCCUCACUCAUCGUUGGCGAGACGUACGCGUCGUCAACGGCUAUAUCGAUCCAAACUUGGCUCUUGCGCAUAUGACACACAAUGCAGCAAUAAUUGUGCUGCAUAAGAGACUGGCUCACCCACCGCCUUCAUCCCGCGCUUGGCUGUCGGCCCUUGUUUCAGCUGCAUCUAGAGAGGCUUGCGUGAUGGCAGCAAUAAAGAUCGAUAAGAUUGCGAAACGAUAUCUAGAUGCUAGCGAUGGAAUUCCACCUCAUCAAUUUGUAUUCUGUCUAUAUGUUGCUGGUCAACUAUUUCUAAGCCAAGCAUCUCACCAAUCCAUACCACCAGCUGAGGAACUGAGCUCCAUCAUCACAGCACUCAAUGAAAUUUCUCGACGUUUAAGUAUUGGAAAUGAGAUGCAGCAGGAGGAAUCGCAGAGUGAAACCCCGGCUGCAAAAUUCGCACGCUCUUUGGUCGAGGUUCGGGACAGCAACCGGAAGCAGCCUGUCGCCGAGACCCCUUCAGCCAGACCCCAGAUACAGGCUGGCAACUUCUCGGACCUCCAAUUUAUGCCGCAAUUUGGCGAAAUGCCUACUAUGCUGCAGCACUGUGCGACGUCGCCUUCUAGCGGCAUUAGUUGGCUUGGGGCGGCUGGGUUGGAGGGAGACUCGCCAAACUUUCUAGGUGACAGCCUGGUGGGAGUGUCACAUUCGUUGCUACCCAACGCUAGGAUCAUGAACACGGUGGCGAGGCACCAAAGUCAAACUCAAGUGGCAAAUGCUCAGAGUCCAAAUGAGUUCGACUUUAUGGCAGAGUUGCGGAAGCUCGAAUCCCGGGCAAGAGAACACGAUCGUAAGCUCAUCGAAGGAGGAGCACAGCAACAAAGGAAAGCACAGGGCUCAUAA